GGUGAUCGUUACCAAGGAUCAGAAGCUGAAACAUGAGUUUCGUUAAACGCUGACAAUUUAAACACAAGAGUAGUUUGAGUAUUCGUGCGCAGCGUCCGUGGAACACGAGUUAUUAAAUUGUGAGGAAAGAGUUAACAGUGGUGGAUGUUUUUGUUGUUGCAACAAAGUAGAAACUGCAUAUGUAAUUACUUAACAUUUAUGCAGAAAUGAUAAAAAUACAUAUUUUUGUAACAUUUUUAGGAGUGUUGAUUACCCAAGCAUCCGGUUGGUCUCCGUUGAGUCUCUAUUGCUACCGAUGUGUAUCCACCCAUCCCGGGUGUGGAACUCCUUUUAAUUGGCUUUGGUACUGGGGUGAGGUCUGCCCAGAAGACGAUGAUAAAUGUGUCAAGAUCAUUGAAAGGAAGGGAGCGGAGACCGUAAUAACCCGUGAAUGUUUAAGUUCAUUGAGGAGUGUACGUACUGACAUCCCCGCUGAUCAUUAUGAAGGCUGCAGACCUGCUGCUAAAGAUGUUCGUCUUGCUCAUUAUGUCAAUAACUCCAUUAAAGAGCUGGAUAUCAGAAGGGAUUAUUACGAUGAGACAACUUGGUGUUUCUGCUACUUUGACAACAGAUGUAAUGGGGCAGCAUCCAGUGUUGUAUCAGUUUCACUUCUUGGAAUGAUUCUGUAUACUUUAAGACUUCUUUGAUAUGUACAACACUUGGGGCAUUUCAGAAGUGCUCCAGAAUUUGUUUUUGCAGAGUGGUUAUAGUGGACAUUUUACUGUAGGUGAUUUUUUUCUCCUUUCUUUUCAUAACCACCUGGUGCAUGUGAAGAUGAACAUUUUUCAUACAUUGUGCCUUAAAGGUAUUUUUAAUGUUAAUAUGCAACUCCAUCAGUAGAAUCUGUACCUAGUUUGAGCAAAUAUGAAUAAUCUUAAUUUAUUCGUAUACAAUUAGUAUGUUAACACUUUGAGGACCAGUCACAUGAUAUCAUGAUUUUAGGACAUGUUAGG